GCUUCAGAGGAGACGAGGAGUUAGCAGGCUACCGACCACUGUUGUAUUUCUUUUUUGCUCUCGGUGUUGCCUGUUGGGUUUUUUUUAAACAUUAUGAACACAAGUGAAUUUACAGCAGGUCGGGGGAGAAAACCAGCGGCGCCCGACAAAGUGGACAUGUCACUAGAUGACAUCAUUCGGUUGAACAAAAAAGAACAACAGUUAAAAAGAAAACAGGCCACCAUGAAUCGCCGACCUGUCAAGAAGAAAGGCCUGUUAACCCAGGGGAAGGGAGUCUCACCCAGGACCGGUGGACCUGUCCAAAGAGGAGGUGGUGUGUCCCGAGGUGGACCCUCUAAAUUAAGAAACAGAAGGGUCCCUCCUCUUCCGGGUCGACGGCGGGGUCAGGGGGUUAUCACUGGGCUGGCAGCCAGGAGGCCAGCUGCCCUGCUCAAACGGGUCGGCUCACUCAACAGAGCAGCAUUCAACCAGAAAACGAGACAGAAAACAAUGCCGUUCAUUCAGCGCACUGAGACCCAGUACAGAAAGCCAGAGGUCCAGAGGCGGCCGUACAGACAGCCCGACUUACAGAGAGCCCAGAAUGCAACAGCGGUCAGGAGACCAUUUCAGCUUCGGCGACGACCACUGCCGCCUGUCCAGCAGACUCAGAGGGAAGCGCGCCAGGCCACAUUUCUUUUCCGCAGAGGACUCAAAGUACAAGCCCAGGUGCAGAAACCAAUUCCUCGUGCACCUCCCGUCAGGACUCGCCAGUGGCGUACAUCAACAACCAACAAUGGUAUCUUGACUGUUUCAAUUGACAACCCCACAGCUAGGACCCAGCCUGAGCCUCCCACGGCUUGGACCCUGCAUCCCCCUACUGCCAGCUCUGCUUCCGUCAAGGUGGACACUGUGGAGAAGAAGAUACCAAAAGGGGUGUCCCUCCAAUUUGACAUCAACAGUGUUGGGAAACCGCAGACAUCAAUGACUUUGAAUGAGCGAUUCCGUAUCCUAAAAGAUCGGCGCACCGCCACAGCACAAACCAGCAAAGGCAGCCGAUUCGUUACCGUGGGUUAGACGGCAAGAAAAAGAGUGACAAAUAAUAACUCUGAUGCCCUUUUUUUGUCCUGCUCAGACCUGCACAGUGAACCCCACCUUUGUAUGGAUGGAUGGUACGUGCUGACCCACUAAUUGACUUUUCUAACGAGAGAGAGAGAGCAACAGUGGAAACAAACGAGUACAAAGUGCACAACUGCUCAACUGUGACAACUCAAGUGUGCAAGUGUCACCGGAAGAGUUUGUUUUACAUCAGUUUUACUCACUGUUCAUAUCAUUGUACUCAACUGUCUGUGUUGUGGAGGUCCAGCUCUGGGAAAGAGUCAUUUUCUUCCCUUUGGACACAGAACUGUCAACACUAUUCUGAAGACUGCUUGGAAUUAUUUCUUUUCAGAGAGGAUUGCUAUGUAUUUGCUAGGGAGGCAUGUAUGUUCUCAGUACCUUUUUCUGACAUUUUUGAGAAUUGUUUUGUAAUGUUUCUUCAAAUAAAUGAGUUACUCUUUUCAAAAA